AUGUAUGUUCUUGAUGCAGCUCAAGCAAUGUAUAGUCAAACAGAUGGACUUUUCAACGUGAUGACAAGAACAAUAGAACGUCGGUUUAUUCAUUUUGAUAAAAACAUUGAACGAUUGGCACAAAAUAACUUCAUUUAUGGAAAUGAGGAUUUGCUUCGUAUUCGUGCAAAAGAUUACGGUAAUUAUGGUCGUCUGUUACUACGUAAAUUGUAUAGCAAAAAAGAGCUGGCCGAAUGUAUUUUACCUCCUGGUCAUCAACGUUUUACAAGAUGA